AUGUUCUACCGCGUCAGUUCUGUGUACGGCUUCGUCGACCCCAAUGGCAAGAAGCCGAUUGAUGUGCAUCGUCUCCCUGGAGGAUCUCCUGGCGCAGAUCGAUUCGUCGUCCAAUGGGCAGAGGUGCCUGCUGAUGAGCUUGAUCCGAAGGCGCCAUUCCUUGCUCAAGCACAGUCCGGAGAGGUGGUCUUCAAUGUCUCGGCCGCUUCUGGUGCCGCCAAUUCUGCCGCCGCCAAUUCUGCUGCUGCUCCUCCUGCAGCCGAGGAGAAGAAGGAGUGAAGCACCGGAAGAGAUCGCGAGAUGACUGUCAAGAAGGAGCAGGCAACAACAAAAUUGAAGCGGAUGAGCAUAGGAUGAUUCAUAAUUCCCAUUGUAUUUUUUCUAACCCCAAUCCAUAGUGUAUUGUAUAUUUCGC